AUGCACCAUUGCUCGAGAGACACUUCCGGACGUGGUGGUCACAAGGCGAAGAGGUGUUGGAUCCGGAGGCACUCGCACCAUGGACGGACCGUGGGCGGAAACGUGUCAGAAGAGGUCAUGUUGAUUCCUGGCAGUCUGGAGGAGCUACUCGGCUCCUCUCUUGUAAGGGUCGGGUCCCAUCACGGCUUGCUCGUCUCGAAGAACGGUGUACAAGCUGUUCAUGGCCGGAGAGACGACUUGCCAACUCAGCCAGAGCUCCUGCGUGCCAUAAAUUCGGCCCAGCAGGCGCGGGCAGGGCUUCGUGCGCCGUGUCCUCCUGCAACGGAAGGGUCACCUUCAUGUCGGUCCUGGUGCAGACGCAUCGUGCCGGACCGACCCGUGGAAGGAAGGCUCGAGGGCUCCUGCCUUCGGAAGGAAGGCAAUGAUGGCCCUCGGUGCCUGUGUCAGGAGGAGGCUGAAACUCUGGCAUCUUGCCUGAUGCACUGUGAGGCGACCGAGGACGUGGUGGCACCGCCACCGAGCGUACCUGCACCGAAAACUGGUGCAUCGGUCAAGGCAUCCAAAGCUGAUGCGCUCACAGAGCCGCGAUAUUUGCUGUAUGACACUCGCUACCACAUCGGCUUCAUGGCACAGGUGGAAGUCUUCUUCGUUGCCCUUGAACUCGUGUCCCAGCUAAACAGGCGCCUCAACACUGCGUGCAAGGAUGCUGGAGGACAUGGUUGCCAACCGUGGACACUGGUGCUGCCGCCGUGGUGCUGGGUACCUCGGUGGUACCAUGCGGAUGCAUCACGGGGUAGACCGUGGAGCGACCUUUUCAACCUCGAGGGUUUAAAGGCUGAGGUGGUGGUACGUGACUACGCCAGUCUCGGGAACUCCGCAGUAGAUGUGGGGGUGGUGUUGGUGCCUGGUGGUCGAACCUCGCAGCUCAAGGAUGGUCAUGGUGACUUUCUGGGCUUCACCAAGGACAUGCAGGCCUGUGAAUCUCACGGCCAGCAAGUUCCCCAAGCUGGCAGGCAGCGCAAUUCAGUGGUUUAUUCUGGGUACUGCGACGAAGACCUCGCAGUAAAGAAUCUGAGAUGUGGAGUUGUGAGAGAGAGCUCUCUCAAGGGCUUGGUGGACCUCGCCGAGAAUGUAAAGGGGAGGAGCCUGUUGAUAAAGCACCUCGAUGCACUUCGGCUUCACCGUCCAGAAGGCGGUCUGGUCAUGAAGUUCCAGCACAUGCUUGCUCCAGCUCCGGCUCUUGUGACAGCAGCUAAGAAGUUCGCAGACUUGGUGCUGGGCCCGCUGCCCUAUCUCGGGGUGCACAUUCGGCGGAAUGACUUCGUCGUCACACACGCCUCGGUAUAUGAUGCAAUUCAAGCGGUGCCGAACACUGGCUUCUUCUGGCUGCAAAAGGGGCUUCGCAGCUCCGAAGAAGAAGGUCCUGACUUGGCAAACUUGAUCGAGAUGCCCAUCGCGGAGCAGGACGCAGUUGAGCUUCCUUCGGACUCCAAAGAUGUGGGCGCCCCACUCGUGACCGAAGGCCAUACAGAACCUCCACAAGAGCGCGGCAGAAUGGUCGCCGUCGUGGUUGUAGGCCAGUCGCGCUUGCUCCUGCGUCUCAUCACGAAAGCUCGUAUGACCAGAGAACUUUCAAGCCGGGCUCUGGAUGUGCUGAAACUGCGCGGUAUUUCGACCGUGUUCCGCUCGCAUGUGCUCCACGUGCUGCAGCCUUUGCGCUUAGACGGUUUCAUUCCGGAGUACCUGCUCUGUGUAGAUCGGAUCGAGGGCCAGCUUCCCCCAGAAGUGGCGCAAGCUUGGACCUUUGCUGCAGCCAAUCAGCUGCGCAGGAUGAAGGCAUGCCUUAAGAGGGUGCAAGAAAGAGAAGCUCUGCGAAACCAGAGCUACAGUUUUUUUGUUCGUCUGAGACCUGAUUUUCUUGUCCUGACGGAUAUCCCCAGCUUGCGCACAUCAGCUUUAAACAAGGGCUGUGUGCUGGCCAGACUGCGGGCAGCCAUAAACAUUGCUGGACUGACGAAUGAGCAUCUCUCCUACUGCUAUUGUGGCAAGGGCUGUUGCUCCAAGAACAUCCUUAAAGGGCGUGGGGCUGGCUUCAUCGUGGAUGACAUGCUGGCUGUGGCAGCAAGGGACCUGUUCAUGCGACUCUGGCAGUCGCGGGCGAAGGAACCUCAACCACGGUCGUGGCCUGUCAUGGCACCGAUGGCAGAGACUGGCUUUACUACCAGCAUGCUCCAGAAAAGAAUUCCGGUCUGUCCGCUGGCAUUUCGUGGACUCCCGCUCGGGAGCUCCAACAACGGCCAUGCCGUUGAGGCUGCAAAAUGCGGCUAUGUGGAGGGUGAUGCUGCCGUGCCGCAGACCUCUUGCGGACCAGCAAAGGCAGUUGCCGACCAAGUGCACUUGCUCAUUGUGACCACCCCGAGCGCAACAGCCGCCGCCUCGAGAAUCAACCGGCUGCUGAAAAAGAGGCAACUGGAGCAGGUCUUCGUUGCAGGUGAUGCCGACGAAGGCUUUCGUGCUGAUCUCCGUUCAGGCGUAAAAGUUGCUUUGUAUUUCUUCUCGCAAGACGAUGGAGCUGAGUUGCCCGAGCUCCGGGGUCAGGAGGAGCUCGUCGAGCUGCAGCUUGCAUCACAGGCAGAGUACUUCAUUGGCUCUGCAGGAUCAGCAUUCUCGGCAGCCGUGCGUCGACAGCGGUCACAGAACAUGGACCACUCACCGGAGACACAUGGAGAGAGACUGCGGCUGUCCUUGUCAAGCUCUGCAGAAAGAAGCACGGCAGCGGCUUGGCCAUCCACCGUCAACAUCGGACGAGGUCUUCUGCGCCAACCUCACGGCAGAGACCUCUCGCAAGCGAUGCGCAGCGGAGUAGCUUCGGAAGUUGCUAUGGCAGAGAAAGCAAGCGUGCAGGGUAAGUUUGUACGGGAGGAGAGCCUGAAAGGCCUUUCACACUCUGCAGUGCUCAGCAGCUCUGGGAGGCUUCUCGCCUUCAUGGCGGUGCGUGCAUCCUUCGAGAAUAGCAACGAGGCCAAAUCCGAAGAGGAGGGGGGUCGGGGAGAGCUGAAGAGGGAGUGGGUGUCUUUGCCCGCCUCACGAACGCUUACUGUCUGGUCGCACUGGGCGGAUCAGAGUGUCAAAGCUGCAGAUAGCAUCGAAGUUGUAAAAUGUGGCAUCGUGGACGCAGUCGUGUAUUAUGCAAACGAGGGAACGAGGGAUGUCCGUGCAGCAUUCUUGCAAACCAUGGUGUUCUACCGCUCUUGUCUUGUCUCCAAGGAGAUUCAGGGCGUCCUAGCAGAUCCGACUGGCAGAGAGCUCUUGCUGAUCUUCAUUCACUUCACGCGGCUAGUUUGCGUGCCACCAACUGUUGCCAACUAUGGCUCGGCCCUGAUUGCUUGCAAACGCGGCCUACAAUGGGAACACGCUCUAUCCUUAUUGCACAAGAUGGAGAAGGAUGCGGUGGCCAAGAACGAAUUCAUGUUUACCCAUGCAAUUCUGGUGUGCAUGCAAUGUGGGCAUGCGGCUGUGGUGCUGAAGAUUUUGGAGGAUAUGCCGGUGGCCUCCGUUCCUCCGAACAACGUCGUCUGCGCACAAGUCAUCAGCCAAUGUCAGAGAGAGCAGAAUUGGCAUCUGUCAAUGCAAAUCUUCUCCACGAUGAUGCGUUCCUCUGCAAGACCGGAUGUCAUCACCUUCACUUCAACCAUCAAUGCAUGUGAGAAGGGCCAGCAAUGGGAAACGGCCCUCCAGAUGUUCAACACGAUGCGUGGCAUGGCCAGCAUCCCGAACGAACUCACCUGCUCGGCCGUGGUACAGUCCCUGAAGCCGAGAGCAAGCGCAGCUGCUGCCGCAGGUGCUUGGCGUCUCCUGCCGAGCCUCUUGCACGAAAUUCGCUGCCUGGGUGUGCAGCGAGAUGUCGUUUUCUAUAAUUCAGUAAAUGGUGCGGCGGAGAAGGCCUCGCAGUGGAGAACGGCAUUGGUUGGUGUGCAGCGCAUGUUGUCGUCGAAGCUCGAGCUUGACGCAGCAAGCUCCAGUGUCGUGAUCAAAGCCUUCGGAAACGCUGGCUUGUGGCAGCGCGGUUUGUUCGUUCUGGGCUCCAUGCCCAUAAACUCCAUUGUAAUCAACACCUCGAUUGGCAUGUGCUCGGGGAUUUGGCAGCAAGCUCUGCACCUUUGCAGUGGACAUCUGUCGAAUGCGGUAACUUACACUGCCGCGAUUUCUGCAUGUCGGCAGGGAGGCAAGUGGGAAGUGGCCUUGAGCCUGCUGCGGCGGAUGCAGGUGCAGAGCCUUUCACCAGGAACUGUGACGGUCACGGCCGCCAUCACGUGCUGUGAAGCAUCGCAGCAAUGGCAGCAAGCGCUGGGUCUUUUGAGCCUGAUGCUCCGACGACUGCUGGAGGCUGAUGCCAUCGCAUACCGCUGCACAAUAGCCUCUUGCAGUGAGGUUCACUGGCAACAUGCACUUGCUAUUCUUAUGGUAUCGUGGCAAGCACGGGUUUAUGACACUGAAUCAUUCACAACAGUGUUGUGGUGUUUCGAAGCUGCUGCCUCUUGGCAGUUGGCGCAAGCGCUGUUGCACAACAAACCGGACAGUCUUGUGCCAGAUGAAGCAAGCUAUCUGUCCGUGAUUCGUAGCUGCGGCAAUAGCGGCAACAUGGCCGCAGGUUUUGAGGUUCUGCAGGAUUUUGUGCACGGCGGCUUCGUUCACGGUGUUGCCUUCCUUCCCUGUGCAAUAUCUGCCCUCUUCAUCAAUGACCCAGACUUCAUCCAAGCCACUUUUGCAGAGGCUUUGCGAAGACUGAGAGAGGACACGGGGUCCCCUUGCGAGUUGAUUACUCUCUGGUCUGCUUUGGGCUUGAUGGGUGCCAGAAACGCCGCCUUUGAAGAUGCUGUUCUUGCUGAAGUUCUGCCUAGCCUGUCUGCGUUUGACUGGGAUGAACUGAUGGAGCUCUCAUGGGGUGCUGCUGCAUGCAGCUUGGCCAGCGACUUUUUUGAUCCCCUGCAAGAAGAAGCGUUGAGUCGUCUCGGCGCUGUCGCGGCUCCUGCUCAGUGCAUACUUGGACUGAUUUCGGCCUGUCACGCUUCUGGAUCGCUCCGUGCCAGCUUCUACAUGGCUGCAUCGCAGCUACUGGAAAGACGCGGCAAGGAUUUGGAUGGACAGAGCACGAAGCACGUCGCUGCAGAAGCCCCCCCCUUUCCUGCAAGGUCCCGUGCCAAAGGGUCCGAGCCGACCAUCGUGCUUCAAUGCUUGGAGAUGGCUAUCCUCAUGAAGCCAGCAGGAUGGGAGGUUUUCGGUCACAAAAGCGAGAGGCAGCUUUCAGCUUGGUUCCAAGCCCGAUUCAGCUUGCAGCCGCCGAUUUUGCGAGAUCCAUCCUUCCAAUUUGGUUUCCUGCAUCGGCUGGACGUUCCAAGUUCGGGACUUGUGUGUGUAGCAACCACCUAUGCCAAGUAUUAUGCAUUGGAGCUGCAGCUCCGAACAGGCCUGCUCAAUCGCGAUUAUUUCGUCGUGUCUUAUGGCUGGUGGCCGUUGUCACUGCUUGAGAUUCGGACCAGUUUGCACUGGGGCUUGCAGACGCUUUCCAUCGCGGGCGGAAGAGGAAAGCCGAGUGCCAGCUUGGUCAAGGUUCUUGCGCAUGCAGAACGAAGGGAGCAAAGUGCACAAAGUCUUUUGGCCAUCCGCAUCGUCACUGGCAGACGGCAUCAGAUACGCAGUCACUUCGCGCACGUGGGUCAUCCUGUUGUCUCAGAUGGCCAAUAUGCAGCUAUUGCCAUGCGAAGCAGUAACGACUAUCGGAACAACAGGCAUUUCUUGCAUCGCUACCGCCUAGAAUUUGUUGCGGAGAGCCCGGUGCUGUCGGCGCUGGAGCCAUUAAGCCCGGAGCUGCUCGAGUACCUUAAGAUUCUGCGCGGCAAAGAUGCCAGGUCGUCAGAGCUCCUGCAAGCUUGGAUGCAUGGAGACCUUGGCGAUGCUAUCGAUUGGCAGCAGCUCAGCUCCCUCAGCAUUGAGGAUUGUACGCAGGCAAGCUGA